AGUGAAAAACUUGGGCCUGUGCACUCAAAAAAACCUCCCUGUUCAUCAUCGUCCAUCUCCAUCACCAUCACCAUCACCAUCACCAUCAACGUCCCUGACCAAAGCCACGGCGUUUGUUUAGUCUCUCUCUGCCGUCCGAAAGAGAUGUUCUUUUGAGGUCUUCGAAUAACUUAUUCGAAGAACGAUUAAGUAGUAAGGAAAUUCGGUGCCAAAAAGGAAAUAAUAAUAAUAAUAAAAAAGUUGAGAGAAGAAUCGAUGGUAUUCUCUGUUUCGAUCACUACUUAUAUUGAUUAACUCUCCUAGGAUGAUCUCUUUUUCCUCGGUUUGUAAGGUUGAGUACUGAAUGGGAAAUCGUGGGCAAAAGCGUACAGAAACAGUAGAAGAAUUGCCGGCCGAUAAACGAGCCUGCAACUCUCUGGAGUUCAGACCGAGUUCAUCAAAUUCAUCUGUUCAAACUCAUAUGAAUUCUACUAAUUCAACUGCUGAAACCGGUGACCAUGAUAUGGAUACCUCAUCUUCUGCUUCGGCCUCUAGCCGGUCAGAGGGAGAACCCGAAAAGGAUUCAACAUAUGGGUCUUGUGACUCUGAUGAUGCAGAGCAAAGACACUCUGAGCUUAGAGACUAUCAGAGGCGGAGAUCUUCUGGUGAUCAUGGAAAAUUCAAGAGGAUCUUAUCAGUUCUGAAUGAAGAAACAGACGAGUCUGGUCAGCUAGUCGUGCUUACAGAGCUAUGUGAAGUGCUGUCAUUUUGUACAGAGAAUUCACUUUCUAGCAUGACAGCUGACUCCUUAUCUCCUUAUCUUGUAAGGCUCUCAAGACAUGAGACUAACCCAGAAAUUAUGCUAUUGGCUAUAAGAGCUAUAACUUAUCUUUGCGAUGUUUAUCCCCGAUCAUCGGGUUUUCUGGUCCGACAUGAUGCUAUUCCUGCUCUUUGUCAAAGACUGAUGGCAAUUGAAUACUUGGAUGUGGCAGAGCAGGUAAACUUGAUGUUUUCCUUUGUGUUUAUACUAGGAAUAUAUGUUUUUUGUGUGUGUCUUAAUACAUUGCUUAUCUACAUUAAGUGUUUGCAAGCAUUGGAGAAAAUAUCGCGGGAGCAACCACUCGCUUGUUUGCAGGCUGGUGCAAUAAUGGCUGUCCUGAGUUUUAUCGAUUUCUUCUCAACAAGCAUUCAGAGAGUUGCUCUUUCCACUGUGAUGAACAUAUGCAAGAAACUUCCUUCUGAAUGUCCCUCCCCUUUUAUGGAGGCUGUUCCGAUAUUAUGCAAUCUUCUUCAUUAUGAAGAUAAGCAGCUUGUUGAAAAUGUGGCUCUCUGCUUGAUUAGAAUUACAGACAGAGUUAGGAAGUCUUCUGAGAUGCUGGAUGAACUUUGCAAGCAUGGGUUAAUUGAGCAGACCACUCAUUUCAUAAACUCAAGUAGCCGAACUACUAUGUCACUACCAGUUUAUAAUGGGUUACUAGGGGUACUAGUCAAACUUUGCUCUGGUUCAACUGUAGCAUUCAAGACUUUGUUUGAGCUUAAUAUAAGUAGCAUAUUGAAGGAUACCUUGUCUAAUUAUGACAUGUCACAUGGAGUUUCCUCUCCACGUACAAUUGAUGGGCAGGGAAAUCAGGUAUAUGAAGUUUUAAACUUAAUAAACGCGCUUCUUCCUGCUUCAACCGGAGAUCAAGAUGCACCAGAAUUAUUGGAUAAAGAAUCAUUUCUCAAAAACCAGCCUGACCUUUUGAAAAAAUUUGGGAUGGAUAUUCUUCCCUCCAUGAUCCAGGUGGUUAAUUCUGGGGCAAAUUUAUAUAUUUCCUUUGGUUGCCUUUUUGUAAUCAACAAGAUGAUUCAUUUGAGCACUGCUGACUUGCUUGUUGAAGUGCUCAAGAAUGCCAACUUUUCAAGUUUCUUGGCUGGUGUAUUUACUAGAAUGGAUCCUCAUGUUUUGAUCUUGGCCCUGAAAAUAGCUGAAUUGGUUCUCCAAAAGCUUUCAGAUAUUUUCUUGGACUCUUUUGUGAAAGAAGGCGUUCUUUUUGCCAUUGAUGCCCUGUUAACAUCAGAAAAGUGUCCUGAUUUAAAGCAAGAUAAAUAUUCACAAUUAACGGUCCCUGUGUUUUGUACGACACAGGUCUCAUCUGAUUCGAGUCAAAAGUCUGUUUUCAGGGAGGCUCGGACAUGCUUAUGUUACACUUUUGCUACUGGCAGCACAGCUUCAACAGUGGAAAGUAAUAGCUGCAAGCUUGAAAAGGAUUCUGUUUACAAUAUUGCUAUGCAUAUAAGAACAAGUUAUUUCUCAGCUGAUUUAUUUGACUCCAAUAUAACAUUAACUGAUGUUCUUCAAGAGCUCAAAAGUUAUUCUUUGGCACUAAAUGAUUUGUUGAACAUCCCCAUGAACAAUGAGGCCUUUGAUCAACAUGAGGAGAGGUUCUAUGAUAUAUUAUAUCAAGUGAUCGCGAAGCUUAAUGGAAGUGAGCCCAUCUCCACAUUUGAGUUUAUUGAAAGUGGACUUGUCAAAUCAUUGGUUAAUUACUUGUCAGAUGGUCAGUAUUUGAGAAAAGAAAGAGAGUGCUGUGUUAAUCACAGUAAUAUCCAUGCCAUGGAGAAAAGAUUUGAAGCAUUUGCAAAAGUGUAUUUGCUUUCAUCAGACCCACUUUCUCAGGACUCGCCCCUAUCAGCAUUCAUACUUAAAUUACAAAAUGGACUAUCUUCUUUGGAAACAUUUCCUGUUGUUUUGAAUAAUGCCAAGAUGAGGAGCUCAUUUGCUGCUGUUCCAAGUGGCCGUUGCAUAAUGUAUCCAUCUCUAACAGUUCGUUUUGUAAGAGGUGAAGGAGAGACAGGCCUCAGUGACUACAGUGAAGAUUAUCUGACAGCUGACCCCUUUUCCUCAGUGGGUGCCAUUGAAGGGUUUCUGUGGCCUAAAGUCAGUAGUGAAGUGACAAAGCCACUGAUGCAAGGUUCAGGCCAAUUACAAGAGCUGCCACUUCAAUCAUUAGCACCUUCAAGUUCUAGCCCAGAUGGAAGUCUGGAUGACAGGGGAUCAGACAGCAUGUUGACAGAUUUGGCUGAGAUGCAGGAGACUCAUGCUGCUUUGUCACAGGCUUCCCAUGAACAAGCAGCCACUUCUAGUGUGGUAACCCCUGGAGCAAUGUCUCAGGAAUCUGCAGAGGAAGUACAGUUUUAUCCGAAGGCAGAUAUUGAUAUGGAAAGGGAAUUGUCUGCAUCUAGGAGUGGUACAGAUGCUUUGCGGAACCUGUUAUUUUUCCUUGACGGGCAACUGCUAGAGAGGGACUUGACUUUAUACCAGGCAAUUAUUCAAAAAAAAAUUAGAGAGCGUGAAACUGUUGCCAGCACGAGAUUGUGGAGCCAAGUUUACACCUUAACAUACAGAAAAUCUGUAAAUAAACCUUAUACUAUUAAGGAAUGCUCUUGUGCAGUUAAAAAGUGUGGUCUAUCUGACACAAUCAAGAUGUAUGUGCAGCCAACUUCAUUUGCCUCCAGCAUGUUCACUUCUGAUCUUGUUGAUGACUUGGAGAAACCGAGCCCUACUUAUGAUAUAAUGUAUCUGCUGAAAUGCUUGGAAAGGAUGAACAGGUUUUGUUUUCAUCUGAUAUCUCAGGAAAGAAUGGGUGCUUUUGCAGAAGGAAAACUUGAUGAUUUGGAUAGUUUAAACGUAGCAGCAAUACCUUCAGUGCCGCAGAAUGAGUUUGUAAGUAGUAAACUGACAGAAAAACUAGAACAGCAGAUGCGUGACCGAAUGGCUGUGUCUGUUGGUGGUAUGCCUUCAUGGUGCAGUCAGAUAAUGGCCUCAUGUCCCUUUCUGUUUAGUUUUGAGGCAAGAUGCAUGUACUUUCGUUUGGGAGCAUUUGGUCAGUCGCCGCUAUCUCAUAGUGAUGCAGCCACCACAAUUGACAGACGAGUAAGAUCUGGUGGCCUGUCUCGUAAAAAGUUUUUGGUUUCCCGUGAUAGCAUUCUGGAAUCUGCUAAACAAAUGAUGGAACAGCAUGCCCGCCAUAAAGGACUACUUGAGGUAGUGUUUAAUGAUGAAGUUGGCACCGGUAUUGGUCCAACAUUGGAAUUCUUUACCUUGGUUAGCCAUGAAUUUCAGAAGACUGGACUGGGCAUGUGGAGAGAUGAUCAUGGAUCUGCUUCUGAUACUAGUUGGCAGCUUGAGAAUAAAGAGUUUGUGAUGUGCCCCUUGGGUCUAUUUCCUCACCCAUGGUCAUCUUCUACCGAUGUAUCUGAUGGAACUCAAUUUAGUGGCGUAAUGAAAAACUUUGAACUCCUGGGACAAAUUUUAGCAAAGGCUCUUCAUAAUGGACGAGUUUUGGAUCUUCACUUCUCAAAAGCUUUCUAUAAGCUUAUUCUUGGACAGGAACUUGGUUUGUUUGAUAUCAUGUCAUUUGAUCCUGAGCUUGGAAGGACAUUGCUAGAGUUCAAAGCUCUUGCAGAUAGAAAACUCUUUCUGGAUUCCACUGGUGGAGUUGUUUCCACUUCUAAUAUUGAUACAUGCUUCCGGAAUACCAGAAUCGAGGAUCUUUUCCUCGAUUUUACACUUCCUGGGUAUCCUGAUUUUUGUCUUGCUUCUGGGCCUGAUUAUGACACUGUAACUAUGAGAAACUUGGAAAAUUAUGUUUCACUUGUUGUAGAUGCAACUUUAAAUGGUGGAAUUUCAAGACAAAUGGAAGCUUUUAAAUUAGGCUUUAAUCAGGUUUUCCCUAUAGAGCAACUUCAGAUCUUUACUGAAGAGGAAUUAGAACGCUUACUAUGCGGAGAACACAAUUCUUGGGCUGCUGACGAGCUUGUUGAUCAAGUGAAGUUUGAUCAUGGAUACACUGCUAGCAGUCCUCCUGUGGUUAAUUUGUUAGAGAUAAUACAAGAGUUCAACAAGAAACAACAGCGAGCUUUCUUGCAAUUUGUGACUGGAGCACCCCGUUUACCUCCAGGAGGUUUGGCAUCUCUUAAUCCAAAGUUGACUAUUGUUCGAAAGCAUUGUAACGGCUAUGUAGAUGCAGACCUCCCAAGCGUCAUGACGUGUGCCAACUAUCUUAAACUGCCACCCUACUCGUCAAAAGAGAGGAUGAAAGAGAAGCUAUUGUAUGCGAUAACAGAAGGACAAGGAUCCUUCCAUCUUUCGUAGGCGACAACUUGCUCAGCUUAGAACUGUGAAUUUGUAAGUAUUAGAGUAGGAGGGGCAGAUGUGAUUGCUGGUUUGAUGUAGAUAAAGAAAUGGUGGCCGGUGAUGACUGAAGAAGAUAGGAUCUUUUUCUUUACUGACUAUAACUGGUUGAGGUUGGUUAAUAGUUGGUGUUGAAUGUGGAUAGUUUAAUUUAGUUUUAUAGAGAAAACUUGUGUAUAGAUGGUUUGAAGUUUCAGAGGCAUUUGGUUUACAAACCUGUACAGAAGAGAUGUUUGAUCUCAUAACAUCAAAAGCAGUUUCCUUUCAAACAAAAUUUGCUGUUUUCAUUUGCUAUUAUUGGCUCGAGGAAAAUGACCUUUUCUUUAGUUUAAA